AUGCUGAAAUCUUAUCAACGCAGAUUGUUUUCUUCGGCUAGAGUACUGGCUGAGGCUAGUCAAAAAAAACACGAUAUUCUUGUCAUUGGAGGCGGCCCCGGAGGUUAUGUAGCAGCAAUCAAGGCUGCCCAACUUGGAUUUGACACAGCCUGUGUCGAAAAGAGAGGUAGACUUGGCGGAACGUGUCUCAAUGUCGGAUGCAUCCCCUCUAAAGCCCUGCUGAACAACUCGCAUCUUUUUCAUCAAAUUCAACACGAGUCCAAGUCAAGAGGGAUUGAUAUAAAGGGCGAUGUCAGUAUUAAUCUUCCUAAAUUCAUGGACGCGAAGGAUAAAGUUGUUGCCCAGUUAACUGGAGGGAUUGAAAUGUUGUUCAAAAAGUAUGGUGUUAAAUAUUAUAAGGGUGCAGCAUCAUUUGUUGAUGAGCACCAUGUCAAUAUUGACCCAAUUGAAGACGGUGAGAAGGCCGUUGUCAAAGCUGACAACAUCAUUAUUGCAACCGGUUCCGAGGCCACGCCAUUCCCAGGUAUUGAAAUCGAUGAAGAAAGAAUAGUUUCCUCAACAGGUUGUCUUUCUUUGUCCGAAGUUCCUAAAAGGUUGGUUAUUAUUGGAGGGGGUAUCAUUGGCUUGGAGAUGGGUUCUGUCUGGUCUAGAUUGGGCUCGCAGGUCACUGUUCUAGAAUUUCAAAAUGCUAUUGGUGCAGGAAUGGACGGAGAAGUUUCGAAAGCAACACAGAAAUUCUUGACGAAGCAAGGUUUGAAAUUCAAGCUUGGUGCAAAAGUUACCAAAGGGGUCAGGGAAGGGGAAGUGGUUAAAAUUGAGUAUGAGGACACGAAAAGUGGAAAAACCGAGUCUUUGGAGGCGGACGUUUUACUUGUUGCUGUCGGUAGGAGACCCUACCUCAAGGGUUUGAAUGCGGAAGCUAUUGGCCUAGAUAUUGAGAAGAGAGGAAGAGUUGUGAUUGACUCGCAGUUUAAGACCAAGUUUGACCACAUUAGAUGUAUUGGCGAUGCCACUUUCGGCCCAAUGUUGGCACACAAAGCAGAAGAGGAGGGUAUUGCUGCUGUGGAGUACAUUAAGAAUGGACACGGGCACGUCAACUAUGCCAACAUUCCUGCAGUUAUGUAUUCUCAUCCUGAGGUUGCCUGGGUUGGGCAGACGGAGGAACAACUGAAGGAGGCAGGCAUCAAGUAUAAGGUCGGCAAAUUUCCUUUCAUUGCAAACUCCAGAGCCAAAACUAACAUGGAUACUGAAGGCUUUGUCAAAUUUAUUGCUGAUGCCGAAACCGAAAGGGUUUUGGGAUGUCAUAUCAUUGGCCCAAAUGCGGGAGAAAUGAUAGCAGAGGCUGGUUUGGCACUUGAGUACGGUGCUUCCACGGAAGACAUUGCUAGAGUCUGUCAUGCCCAUCCAACUUUGUCGGAGGCCUUUAAGGAGGCAGCCGGAUCGGUUUUCGGUAAGCCUAUCAACUUCUGA